ACUUUUUAUGCCAUCCAUAGCUUUAUUAAUAUAUAUCUCUCUAUUUCUCAAAAUAUAAACAAAAUCUGUGAAGUAUAUCUACUUUAAAUAUGGCAAAUUUCGCAAACUUACAAGUUUUUGCUAACUACCAGAAGUACAUUGACAAUGAGCAGGAAAUCCGUGAGAACAUUAGAAUAAAGGUGCGGGAAAUAGAACACUUAGCAAAAGAAGCAACAAUACAGCUUCAAAUUAUUCAUUCCGACCUAUCAAAAAUUGAAUACGCUUGCCUUGAAGCUCGCAAACAGAUUUCUGCAUGUUCUAAUGUGUACCAUCAACUGGCAGAACUGAUUCCCGUUGGACAAUAUUAUAGAUACUCUGACCAUUGGACAUAUAUAACGCAACGUCUAGUCUUCCUAAUAGCAAUGGUCAUAUAUUUGGAAGCAGGAUUUUUAGUAAACCGCGAGACUGUAGCAGAAAUGUUGGGUUUGAAAACUAGUCAUACCGAAGGUUUUCAUCUCGACAUAGAGGACUAUUUAAUGGGAAUUCUGCAAAUGGCUUCUGAGCUAUCUCGAUUCGCUACAAACUCAGUAACGAUGGGAGACUAUGACCGCCCGUUAAAUAUUUCACAUUUCAUGGCAAAUUUAAACUCUGGCUUUCGCUUACUUAAUUUAAAAAAUGAUGGCCUAAGGAAGCGGUUUGAUGCCUUAAAAUAUGAUGUAAAGAAAAUAGAAGAAGUUGUUUAUGAUAUUAGUCUACGUGGGUUACGAAACAAUUGCAAACAAGUAAAUGAAGAAAAUGCAGUAUCAUCAAAUGAGAAAUAAACAGAAAACCUCUAUGAAAACA